CACUUUCUUUCUUCCUCUGUAUUCUCCUUACAAAGAAAGAAAAGCUCAAACCAAGAUCUCCAUUUCUAACGUUGUAUCUUCUUCUCCUUGAAGUAGUUUAUGCACAGAACCAACCCUCAAGAAAAGAACUACACCUUUUUUAGAUGAUUCGCGAAAUCUCUGGUCUACAAAACGACAUCGUAAACAUUCAAGAACGCUCUUCAAGCAGCAACAACAAGAUCAUGGACAUGAGAAGAGAUAUUCGCCGACCAGCUCAAGCUCCUAUGAUGAGUAAGCAAGAAUAUUUUCGGACAUUGUCGUCUCAGAACAGUCCGAGGAGGCUAAUCUCAGCGAGUUACUUCAGUUUGGAGUCAAUGGUUGUCCUUGUUGGUCUCACAGCAUCGCUCUUGAUCCUUCCCUUGAUUCUUCCACCGUUGCCUCCUCCUCCUUUCAUGCUGCUUCUGAUUCCUAUUGGGAUAAUGGUUCUGCUUAUGGUUCUUGCUUUAAUGCCUUCUUCUUCCUCUUCUUCUUCUAAUGCCAAACAUGUAACAAGAACUUAUAUGUAAUACAAGGAGAAUGAGUUUUUUGUUUUAUCUAUUGUUAAUUUGUUAUUACAUAAAGGUUUCAGGGUAAGAGAUUUUGUAUAACUAUUUCAUUUGUAAAACUUGUAGUACUAUAAACUUUCAUGACUUUA